GCCCACCUCGCCAUGUUGGCUUGUCUGCAGAGGAGGCAGAACCCUCCACCCCAGCACCCUAUGUGUGCUAGCAAGACCUUGGAGCCACCACAAGUCCUUGGGCGGAAAUGUGACCUGGUGGUGCCCACACAUUCCCCACGCUACCCAACAGCGGCAGAACUUGAUGCUUACGCUCAGAAGACAGCCAACAGCCCACUUUUCAUCAAGAUCUUUCCCACCAACAUCAGGGUCCCCCAGCACAAGCACCUUAACCGGACUGUGAAUGGAUAUGACACCACAGGGCAGCGCUACGGACCCUACCCGCAUCUUCAUACAGGGGGCUACCAGGGUCUCCUCGCCAUCGUAAAGGCCGCAUCCUCAUCAUCCUCAUCCUCAACAUCCACCUUUGUCCCUUCUAAAGGUGUUCUCAAGAACGCAGAAGGCAGGCGGACUAAGCUCUCUCCAGCCCAUAUAGCUGUCGCCCCAUACCCACCCCCUAGUAAUAGCACUUUAGCCAGUGGUCAUGGCCAAAUGGUUUACCACACUGGGCCCUCAAAGCUUUUAGAAGCACCAGGACUGUCCGUUCCCCCAAAUGUCACUGUAGCCGGCUCUGUGAUUCCUGUAACAGGUGGUCGAGGCCUGGCUCUGCCCGCACAGUCCAACCUACCCUCCAUCCAGAGCAUCAUCUAUCAGAUCAACCAGCACUGCCAGGCCCAGGCACUGCAGCAGGUGUGUCACGGGGCUUCCACUGCGCCAACCAAUCCCAGCCCCUCCAAGCAGAGCACAGCUGUCAUGGGGGUUACGUCUAGCGCCUCAACUGGAGGUUAUGUAGUAGGAAUGGGUCCCCAAGCCAACAUGGCAUACACAGGAUCAGGGCUGCCAGCUCCAAGUGCAGAGGCAGUGAAGAGUGGUGUAUAUGCAGACAGUAUGGACUACAUCAUUUGGCAGAAGCAGCAACAGCAACAACAGCAGCAGCAACAACAACAGGCGGUCCUCCGCAUGUACAGCGGAGGCAGUGGAGGUGGAGGCGCCAUCAGCAAGUCUCCUGAAACCUGUAUACCAGGUGGAGGGCUUAUGGCAACCCAGGUGUCCUCCUCUUCCUCCAGACCUUAUCAUCUGACUGCGAGUGCCAGCGGGGGAGCUGGGCUAGAAAAAGUCAGCUCCUCCCCUUUGAACUGUGUGGGUAUGCAUGGGAAUUUUUCAGUGGGUCAGUACUUUGCACCCCCAUGGAACAGUGUGCUGGUGACCCCUGACAGUGACUGCUACAACCCCCAGGAGCUUUUGGGCACCUCCACAGGAGGGCCAUCGACUGGGCACAGAGAACUGGGAUACCCUCACCACCAUCACCACUACCACCAUCAUCACCACCACCACCCUACCAUAGACAGCAGUGGCGGUCUAUGCUGCAGUCUGCCUAGCAAGAGCUUGUGCAACACAUCAGUGCUGAGCAGCAGCCUGCAGUCCCUGGAGUACCUGAUCAACGACAUCCACCCUCCCUGCAUCAAGGAGCAGAUGCUCGGCAAAGGCUACGAGACUGUGUCUGUGCCGCGUCUGUUAGACCACCAGCAUGCACACAUCCGCCUCCCUGUUUACAGAUAGAUGGGGAGCACGAGGACGCAGAGAAUCAAGAGUUGUGAAUUUGUGAAGAAAAUCAAAGUUAAAGAACAGAGUUGUGUUUGUCGCGGUACAGAACUGGUGCGAGUGCCACUGCUUUAACUAGUGUGGGAGCUCAGAGAAGAGCGGUUGCUGUGCUGUUUGACCUUAGAUUUGUCGGCUUCAAAGCAAGCUGUGGGAAUCCUCAGACACAGAGGACAGUGGCACCGG